AUGACGCUGCGUGCGAAACAAGCCGUGUAUGAGCGAUCGCAGUCGCGUGUCUUAUUUGAUUUGGCUGCCGCUGCUGCGGAGGAAGAAGAAGAAGAAGAAGAAGAUCCUCUGUUGGAAGCAGAAGCCGAUCAAGAUGGAGACGGAGAAGAAAUGGAAGUGGAAGUGGAGGUGGAGGUGGAAAUGGAAGGGCAGUUGGUCGAAAAGGAAGCGAGCCAGAUGCUGAAGGAAAUGAUGCCUUUGACGUUUUUGGUGAAUGGGAAGCCGUUCCACGAAUCGGAACUGCUCGCCGCUGCAUUGUGCAACGCCGUCUUGCCGAGCCAGCCGCUGGUCUGUCAGAAGAGAAGGGCGAUCGAGCCCCUGCGAUGGCACCCCACAGCAGUCAAUCUCACUGUGUACGUGAAUACAAACUGUAACAAUAACGUCGAUGCGCUGUCUCCCCUGAUGAACUGGAUUGCCUCGGACCCUGAGAUCAUCGAUAAAGUCACCGUUGGCUUCAAUCCUCUGAUUGACGUUUUGAUCGAUCGAAAUGAUCGCGCGGAGUUCGAGUUUCGAACCCCCAACACUUACAAACACAUCGCCGUCAGCAUGGCGUUAGCCUGCGCGUUCCACAUCAACGGAAGACCCGACCUGUUCUGGCCGUUCGCGCAGUGCGUGAUGAGUAAGGGAAGUGAUGGGUAUGGGAAGAUGACGCAAUGUGCUGAUCAAGCGGGGUAUGCGGUGGAAGAUAUUGGGAACUGUCUGCAGGACGAAGACUUUAUCACAACGCUCUGGCAAGAGAAGAUGGAAGAUUUGGAGAUGAAACGAUGGUACUCUGUGAGUCCCUAUAUUUUGCUCAAUGGCGAGCGGGUUAGUCGCAUUGAAGAAGUACCGGAGAAGAUUUGUGCGAUAUUACACGAAGAAAGCGGCUUUUGCAAGAAGCUACCAUCCUUGCCUACAGCAACCUCUUUAUGUCACAUACGUGUUGUUUGGGAUGUUUGUUACCAAGAAAGGAGGAGGGAAUGA